AAAAAAAAUGUCUAUGGACGGCCGCUUUCGUUUUGAUUGUUGCUUAGCGGAGGGACCGAAGCGAGAGAGAGAGAGAGAAAGAAGAGAGGGGGCCGGACUUGUGGACUAUCAUAGUUAUUUAAAAUUUUCUGAAGUGGAUAUAUAGUCUACUAGAUCUGUGAUAGUUCUCUUGGAUUUAUAUUGUGGUUGUUCCACCAAAGGAAUAGUGCUGCAAGCUUCCAUUAUAUGAAUCUCGGCUAUUUCGUGUGUGUGUCUCUGGUUUAAUAUUAACCGCGGUAGUUUGUUUUUUCAGUUAAACAAAGCAAUGGAUAUUUUGUUUUUUAACUAAUGGUCUAAAUUUCAAUGGAGUUUGGUUAAAAUGUUCAGUGUGACACUAUUCAAUUUAUAGUAAGUCCAUAAGAUUAUUCUAGAUACAACAUGUUAUAUAAAAAAAUGGUAAUACAUCUCAGUCUGUAUUAUAGGUAGGCUAUAUCUUCACUGCUAGCAUCUUGAUCUAGUGUGCAUGAACCAACGCUCGAGACCACGAUGGCGAGGGUAUAUCCUACCAAUGUAACAUAGUCUGAAAAGUAUCGGUAGUCUCUUUCGAAAACACACACACACAUACACACGUAUAGUAAUCCGAACUUGGAUUAUCUGUUAUCCUGCUGUUGCCUGUGGAUUACAUUGCCGCCUUAAAUCUAGCAUUAACAACUAACAAAAUAUGUGUGUAUAUCUACUUUAUUGACACAAUAAUUGUGCUUGAUAGUGUGCUGUGUCAUUCUAAAAGUUUAAUUACUUGUGAUCCAAAAGUGAAUUAAAUUUCUUGAAAAUAUUAUUCAGUGGAUACCUUCUCAUUUCGUGAAUUGUUUGUGCAAAGAUUUUUCUUACAAAUUCUACUUGGAAGUGGUGGAAUCGUCUGGGAAUUUAUUUUUCUUGCGCGAGCAAAGGGCGUUCUUUCUUUCACAUAAUGGCUCGAUGGGCACCUGGGUAUAUUUACUCUGUCCGGCGCCCUGCCUGCGCGCUAGGCGCCUUGGUGGUUCUCCUACUGCUGUUGAUCAGCCCAGCCUGUGGCUUCGGCCAGGAGAAAUGUCCCAGAGAAUGUGAUUGUCGGUCCAGAGGGUUCGUGGACUGUAGCUUCAGGAAUCUCAACUUUGUCCCGAAAGGAAUACCAAAAACUGUGAUUAGACUAGAUCUUCAAGGCAAUAAUUUAACUGUGAUUCGAAAAACAGACUUACAAGGUCUUGCCAAUUUACGGAUAUUACAACUGCUUGAUAAUCAAAUACAGACAGUGGAGAAAGGCGCCUUUCAAGAUCUUACGUCUGUGAUUAGAUUACGUCUGGAUAGAAAUGAGUUAAGGACAUUGCCAGAUUUUUUGUUUGCCUCCAUGACAAAACUGGAAAGACUAGAUCUCAGUUACAACAACAUCCAGUAUAUCGGCAAGAAAACAUUGAAGAGUUCCACUUUGCUGAAAAACCUACAAUUAGAUCACAAUCAAAUUGUUUGCAUAUCAGACGCGGCAAUCCGACAUUUGAAAAACAUGGAGAUUUUGACCCUGAGUAAUAACAAUAUGACGUCAGUCUCGUCCAAUCUCUUUGAAAACAUGAAGCUUCUCCGUGUUUUGCGCAUCAACGACAACAAACUAGUCUGCGACUGUCACAUGGCGUGGUUCGCCAGGUGGUUGAGGAAAAAUCCAACUUUGGCAUUGUUUACCGAGUGCCACCAGCCGCUACACCUGCGCAACGCGGAGAUAGCUGAGCUUCAGGACAUUGAUUUCAAGUGUGAUGCCACAUUUGAAAACCGUCACGCUGUAGAGUGUGUGGAAGAAAAUCUGUGUCCCAGACAGUGUCGAUGCAGUGAAGGGGUGGUAGAUUGUCGCGACAAGGGCCUCACACAGAUUCCAGAGAACAUUCCAGAGUCUGCUGUAGAAAUCCGACUUGAAGAGAACCACAUCACCCAGAUUCCAGCCAGGGCAUUCGCUGACUUGACCAAUUUGAAAAGAAUAGAUCUUGGUAACAAUCAAAUUUCUCACAUUGCGCCAGACGCUUUCACUGGACUAAGUUCAUUGAGUUCUCUUGUUUUGUAUGGCAAUAAAAUUAAAGAUCUUCCACUUGGAGUAUUCAAUGGACUUACCUCUUUACAGCUUCUACUUCUGAACGCCAAUAAAAUCAGCUGUGUAAGAGUAGACGCCUUUAAAGACCUUGUUAACUUAAAUUUACUGUCUCUCUAUGACAAUAAUAUCCAAUCGUUGGCCAAUGGAACUUUCUCACCACUGAUCAAGAUCCAAACAAUUCAUUUAGCCAGAAAUCCUUUCAUCUGUGAUUGCAACCUCAAGUGGUUGGCACACUAUUUGGAAAAGAGUCCCGUGGAAACCAGCGGAGUGCGCUGUCUUACUCCAAAGAGGGUUCGGAAACAGAAGAUCAACCAGUUGAAACCGGAAAAGUUCAAGUGCAAAGGCUCUGACCACCACCGAACUAAAAAUGCUGGCAUCUGCUUGAUUGACAGGGAGUGCCCAGCAAAAUGUGUUUGUACUGGCACCACAGUGGACUGCUCCAAGAGAGAACUAACGGACAUUCCAGAGGACAUUCCCAUGUAUACAACUGACCUAAAACUUGGCUCAAAUAAGAUCUUACGAAUUAAAGCUGAUGGACUGUUCAAGAGGUUACCCAAUCUACAAAAACUAGAUCUCAAUGAUAAUGAGAUACAUGAAAUUGAAGAUGGUGCUUUUGACAAUGCAGACAAAUUGACAGAUUUACAGUUGUCCAGCAAUGACAUCUCACAAUUGACAUCAAAAGUUUUCCAGGGUUUGACAAAUGUUAAUACUUUAAUGCUCCGCGGCAACAAGAUCAGCUGCAUCAACAAUAGCACCUUCACCGAGACACCCAAGCUUCAACAGCUCUCUCUCUAUGAUAAUCAGAUUCGGUGCAUAAUGAAAAGCUCUUUCGAUCGGCUACACUACCUGUCUACACUCAAUUUGAUGUCCAAUCCAUUCACUUGUAACUGUCAUUUAGAAUGGCUUUCUGAUUGGCUGAAGACAAGGAAGAUCAUCACUGGCACGCCAACAUGCACGGCACCGCAGCCAGUCAAAGACAAAACAUUGAUAGAGCUGUCUCCUAAAGACUUUGUUUGUGAAGAAAAUAAUGAACUUGGUUGCCAUGUUGGUAUUCAGCCAUGUUGUCCUGACAGCAAUAUGGUGGUGGUUGAAAACAGUUGUGAUACCCGAGCCUACUGUCCCCCCAAGUGUACAUGCACUGGUACUAUUGUGAGAUGCAGCCACCAACAAUUGACAGAGAUUCCAAAAUACAUUCCUCCAGACACGACAGAGCUGUACUUAGAUGAAAAUGCAAUCACUAAAGUUCCUUACGAUAUUGGACUUUUGAUAAACCUUAAGAGACUAGAUAUCAGUUAUAACAAAAUAGUAACUUUACCUGCAAAGAUUUUUUCAAAUCUAACUCAGCUCUCAACUUUAAUCCUUAGUUACAACAACCUACAGUGUAUUGCAGACAGCAGUUUUGCCAAUAUGCAGAAUUUAAGAAUUUUAUCUCUUCAUGAGAAUAACAUUUCUACCAUACCCUACGGAACAUUUGACAGUCUGAAGUCUCUGUCACAUCUAGCCCUUGGUGGUAAUCCUCUCUUCUGUGACUGUAAAUUGAAAUGGCUCUCAGACUGGAUUAAACGAGAUUACAUCGAACCUGGCAUAGCUUCCUGCAGUGGGCCACCAAAUAUGAAAUCUAAACUUCUGCUUAGCUCCCCUUCUUCUUAUUUUGAAUGCAAAGGUGACCCUGACCCAAUUAUUGCUCAAAAGUGUGAUGUUUGUCUUACUAAUCCCUGCAAGAAUAGUGGGAAAUGUACAACAGUCGAGUUCAAAAGUUUCAGCUGUGCAUGUGCCCCUGGUUUCCAUGGAGAUGAUUGUGAUCAGAAGAUUGAUGCCUGCUUUGGAAACCCAUGUCACAAUGGAGGCAAAUGUCAAGUUUUAGACCAUGGAAGAUUCAGAUGUCAGUGCCUCAAAGGAUUUGAGGGAGACAGGUGUGAGACAAAUAUUGAUGACUGUGUCAGUAACAGGUGUCAACAUAAUGCCACAUGUGUAGAUGAGAUUGAGUCCUAUUCCUGCCGAUGCAAGGAAGGCUACACUGGGAAAUGGUGUGAACAUACAAUACCAUUUUGUAAAGAGGGCUACAACUACUGUGUUAAUGGAGCAACAUGUGUAGCUAAAACAGCUGGAUACAGUUGUGAAUGUGCUCCUGGAUUCACUGGUAAAAACUGCUCACAGAACAUUGACGACUGUAAGUCCCAUGCCUGUCUAAAUGGUGCUUCCUGUGUAGACGGCCUGGACUCGUACUCCUGCAUGUGUUCCCCUGGCUACUCUGGUCGCUUUUGUGAGAUAGCACCGCUGCUGGACUUAGUGCCCUUACCUAGUUCACAGGACAGUGCACCAGCCUGCCGGCUGCACGAGUGCCAGAAUAAUGCCAUGUGCUACCAGCCGGCAGGUUCCCCAGACUAUAAGUGCAAAUGUCCUCAAGGUUUUGAAGGUAAAAAAUGUGAAAAGCUCUCCAGCCUCACUUUUAAAGAGAAGGAUUCUUACGUAAAACUGAUGAAAAUAGAUUUCAGAAUGGAAACCAACAUAACCAUCGUAUUCUCAACUAAAAGCCACAAUGGAAUCCUGCUCUAUGCUGGUGAGCAGCAGCAUGUGUCUGUUGAACUGUUCAGAGGUCGCAUCAAGGUCAGCUUUGACAUUGGCAACUACCCAGGCUCCACUAUGUACAGUUAUGAAAGGGUAGAUGAUGGUCUUACCCACCAGGUCACCAUGAUCAUCUUUCAGAAAAACUUCACCAUGAGCAUUGACAGCAGUAAUGUUUCACGGACGGUCACCAACGAAGGCUCAAGAACACACCUUGACCUGCAGGAUCCACUGUACAUUGGUGGUCUGCCAAGUGCACUCAAUGCUCAAGCCUUUAAGAAAUGGCAUAUUAAAGAUAGCAGCAGUUUUAUAGGCUGCUUUCAUAAAGUAGUCAUCAACAAUAAACAGGUGGACUUGCUCACUUCCAACGAACGUUUCAAGGUCAUACCUGGGUGUGAAACAGUGAGCCAGAACCCUUGCCUCAACCAUCUCUGUGAGCAUGGACAAUGCAAGCCGAGGCGGCGCAAACCUGGCUACAGAUGCAAGUGCAAUCGAGGCUACUCUGGAACAUAUUGCGAUAGAGUGCCAUCUUGUAAGACAACUGUAUUCAAAGAUAUAUUUAUUGACCCCGUUACAAAGUGCAAAUCAUCUACCCGCAUUAAGUUUCGACGCUGCGAGGGCAUCUGCAACACGGGAUUCUGUUGCAAUCCCAAAAAAAUUAAGAACCGAAAAGUACGCUUGACCUGUGAGGAUAAAAGCAGCUUUAUUUAUGAUCUGCCGAUCAUUCGUAAAUGUGCUUGCAAGAAAUGUGACUGAAGGUUUUUUUUAAUGAAAAUGUUCCUUAGCUUUUCAAGCAAGAAACAUUUGAAAAAAAAAAAUAUUUAGAAAUUGUUAGGAUGGUGAUGAUGGAUUAGCAAACUCAUACCUGUGAGUUUAAGCUUCAUGAUUUUGAAUGUAAGAUGGAAUACUCGCUCCAUUGCUCUAAGAAUAACUGUACAGUUGUUAUUUGGUUAAAGACAAGCAAUAUGGAGAAGAAAUUCAUAACGAAAUGUGUAGAUCUUUUAAUGGAGACUCACAACGUCAGAACAGAAAGCGAUGAUUUCAUGUGAUUUAUUCCUUACGGUUUAUUAAUUUAUGAUUCACACUAUGGUCAAAGACUUUAUAAUUUACUCUAUAGUCUGUUGUUUUUUUUAUUUGAAAACUUAAUUAGCAGAAAUUCGAACUGCUAGUUAAGCUUGCAAUCUCACAUUAUUGUUAAGUCUGCUUAGUUUAAAGCUAAUAAAAUAAAUUGCUUGAUUAUGACAAAAAUUUGGCAUGUUAAUACUAAGCCUUCCUACCAAAGGAUAAAGACCAAUGACAGCACGACUUUGCCUUAACCAUAACAUUACUGUUUGACUUUGUAGUUUCUUUAUAUACAAAUGGCUUUAUUUCAUUUCUAUAAGACUAUUUGUGACUGUUAAUUUUUAAAUUUGUAAUUGAACACAAAUAUGGUUUUCUUAAAAUAUUGUUUUGAAGAAUCAUUGAUAAUGACUUAUUUAAAAAUCAUUGCAGUUUGAUUCAAACCUAGAGGACUUAUUGUGAAGUCUUUAACUUUAAUUUAAAAGAUUACUCAAGGUCAUAUGUUAUUAACACACAGUAUGCUGAACUUUAGUUUCAAUGUUAUUGCUAAUGCUAAAAAAGAUAUAAUAAAUAUUAGUAACUUAUAUGUAUAGCUCAAAUAUCUUCAUUUCAUUUCUAGACUUAUUUCAAAGUCUUUAAUUUAAAAGAUUACUCAUGGUCUUAAGUGAUUGGCACACAGUAUGCUAAACAUUUGUUGCAAUGUUAUUGCCAAUGCUAAAAAAUAUCAAAUAAAUAUUAGUAACUUGUAUGUAUAGCUCAAAUAUCUCCAUUUCACUUCUAGAAAAGUAUUUUCUGCUACGUCAAAGUAGAUUGCUACCUCAUACCUACAUGUUGUAUGAACCAAAGUUUUUCUCCGUCAAUCGACAGCAUUUAUUGUUUGUAUAAUUGUAUAAAAGUAUUUUUUAUUGAUAGAUUUGUCAGACUUUUAGCCUUUAGAAACUUGAAAACACUUUGACAAUCAGAAAAUGUUGCAGUAACGUCUAGUGCAUGUGCCAACAUGUAGUAACAGGUACUAUUGAAAUAAGCCAAAAUCUUCUUAUUUAUUUUUCUUUUCAAUAUGUCAAGGAUUUAUAUAUGAAGAAUGUCUGAUCAAACAUUUUAUGCCAAAUUUAUUGCUAUGGAUAUCAAAUAAUUGAUAAAAUCUAAAAAGGAAAAAAAAAAAUUGUUCAUUGUGGGCAUCCAACCAAUGUCAGCCCACAGUAUAAUUAUGAACUAUCAGAAAAUGAGAAUCAAAGCCUUAAAUAAUGUACCUGCCUUAUGAUCCUAUCAAAGUAUAACAAGGAAGCUUAACAACGUACAUUUAAAUAAUUAACUAAUGAAAUACACCUAGUUCUAACUUUAAUCAGCCACAAUCUGUUCAAGAUUAUUUAAUGCAAGAUGUGAGACUGAUUUAGAAAUGAAGUUUCAAUGUUUUAUUUGCUUUGUCCUAAAAAUAUCUCGAGACCAUUAUGUGAGAGAUAUACUUGUUUAUAUACAUAAAUUAUAUAUAUAUAUAAAUAUUGGUCUCAUACUUCUGUUGCUAUUGUACAUAGGAUUGUACCGACUUUUGUACACUAUAUAUUUAUGUGUUCUAAAUGUAUUUGUUGAAAUAGAUUAUGUAUGUAUACAUAUCUGUGGCCUGCUGAAUACACACAUUUUUUACAUGGCUAAUGCCGUUGCUGCAGUGCUGUGUUUCUUUGAAGCUUUAAGAUUUGAUUGUGACAGAAUUUAUGGUUAGUAAAUUGAAAGUAGCUUGUUUUAUUAGUUUUCUUACUUGAGUAUAUACAAAAUAUAUAAUACUGUAAUAAUAUUUUUUUUUGUCUAUGGUCUGAAUGUUUCAUAAUUUACUAUAUAAUGGUUAAAAAAGUGUCUUAAUAUUGUUUUAAAUUUAGCUAAUACACUUUAUGGAGCACUUUGGAAUAAAGUUAGUUAUGAUAUGCUAUAAUCAAUAUGCUUUAAUCAAUAACUUUGCCUAUAUUUAAGAAAGUAUGGGAAUUUAUUCAUUACAAAAACUGAUUUAAAAAGCUACAUAUGGUAUAAAACUAUAUGUUAACACUAUAUUAAUUUGUGAGAAUCUCCAAGGCCAGAGCAGUGUCAGCCAAAACAUUAAGUGAGCAUGGCUAGUGGCAAGACUUAUUAAUCAUAGCUUAUGUUGUGGGCAUAACUCCUUUACUAUAAACUAGUUUCUUGUAAAAAAAAAAUCAUAGCUUAUGUUGUGGGUAUAACUCCUGUACUCUAAACUAGUUUGUUGUAAAAAAAAAAAGAUAGAAAAAUUUUGCCAUAAAUAACAUUAUUGUUAUUUAAAUAAUUUUUUUUAAAUAUUAUUUUGUACAUUUCAUUAGUAUUUCUCUGAAAAAAAGUGACUCAGAAAUGAGUCAACUGAGUUUUAGAAGACUUGUUAUUCAAUUUCUUUUUUGCGAUGGACAUUUAGAGAAAAGUUUGCACAGCUAAAAGUUUUUCUUGAUCAUUGAUUAAAAGUCAAAUAUUUUUAUUGUUGAUUAAAUUUUUAGCUGUGCUAGUUUCCAUUGGCUAAACCAUGAACAAAAUGCAUUUAAUGGAAAUGAAUUGUUUGUAUGAUGUCCAUUUUGAUCUGUUUACAUGCUAAUGAAAUGUGUGCAUAGAACAUUGUGGGUUGUACAUGUCUGUUCAUGCCUUGUACACAUUUAAUUUUUUUGGUGUAAUUUAGUAAUGUAUUAUAGAUUGUUAUUGUCCUAUAUUUAUUUUUGCAUUGAUCUAGACUGAGAAUAUCUGUAAAUAUACAGAUAUAUGUGAUGUCAUUGAAACUUGAGUGUGAGUUAAAUCUGGCUCUGUUCUCUUUACUUCCCUCAAAGUUUGUUUUACAAAUCAUUCUCAAUGUAGUGUAAUGUAUUUAUAUUGAUUUCCUGAAUAAAAUUCUAAUUUAUUAUUUAGAAUUGUAUAGCUUACUGCUAAAUACCAAAACCCACAAAUGAAACAUUUUUUAACAUUUUUAAUUUCCUUGUACCACUUGCUUGUGACCAAAAAAAAAAAACCCAGAAAGAUAAUUUCUAUUUAAUAUGCUACUUUAGAACUAUUAAGUUGAUAUUUAUCUAAUUAAGAUUUGAACUCUGUCCUACUGAAUUAGUCAGAAUGAUUGUAUUUCACUCAUUGAAUCAUUUAUUAUUAUUACAAUAUACAAUUUAAACAAAA